ACAGAAAAGCGGGACCGGUGCUCCUGGGGGGGAAAAAGCCAAGCACACACUUUCAGGGACAAGUUGGAGGAACUCGGUGCAAAGCUGGAAGGGAUGAAACUGCCGGCCGCCUGCCUCAUGUGCUUGCUGCUGCUGUGCUUGGUGCUGCCCAAUGCUGGAAGCAGAAUCUUCGAGCGGUCCAUGGAAAUCAGAAAUCCUGAUAUUGAUCCUUCCUGGUACACGGGGAGAGGGAUCCGGCCGGUGGGGCGGUUCGGCAGGCGGAGAGCAGCCUCUGAGAGCAUCCAGAAACUGAACUACCGGCACCGGCAAGUUUGCUUCCCUAUAGUGGAGAGCGACGAAUCUGUGCAAGAUGAAUGACACUCUCCAAGUGAAUAAUGUGCCAUCAUGACAAGAAAUAAAACACACACACACACGCAC